CGUAACAGAGCAACAGGACCAAGGGACAACAAGGGAGUAGGCGAAGAAGACAGAAAGGUUGCCCAGAGAGUAGACAAUCCAGAGCUUGAGGAGUCUGGGUUUGCGGUUUAUUUUUUCUCCCGACAAAGACACACACUGUCUAAACUGUGUGGCUGGUUGUUAUUAAGAAGCUGCUGUACGAAGGAAAAAUGUAUUUAAUAAAAGGCCCAGUGUUUGUGGUCUUCUUGGGCUCACUGCUGAGCUCAGGAAAUCUUGAGGUGUGACCAGUUUUCAGCCUUCAAAACCAAGAUGAACUGCCCUUGAGAAGUGUGGUCAGAAGGGAAACAUGUUCACGCUCUCUCUCCUGAGCCGGGGACAUGGGAAGUUGGUCCAGAACAAACAGAAGCUAGAAGUCUAUUUUGAACCAGAGGAUUACUUGAACUGGAAGUCCCCAGAAGAUUAUGUCCUGGUCAGCAAACCGCAGGAGGAAGGCAGUGCCAACCAGCACACCUGGAGCCUCUUUCUCCCCAAGACAUUCAGUACUAGGAAGGGGGCCCUGAUCCUCUACUCAGAAGGUUUAGCCUUAUCAGCAUGGACACCGGAAGAGAGGAGACAAGGCCCCCACCGCCCCAAAGGCCACAGGAAGAGACCAGGUCUUGAACUGCGCACACUUGAGGACCUCAAAAAAGCCAUCCUGGCGUACGGAAGGAGACAGAGGGAGCAGGACAGAGCAUGGCAACCGUACCUCCACUUCCGAAGCCAACCAGAGAGCCAGGGCCAACGGCAGAUGCAGCCUGGGUAUUCGGCCAAGAGAUACCUCCGAGGCCUCUUGCGGACAUGGCCCCCUGACACCAUGUACAGGCUCCAGUGUGCAGGGUACAUCAAGGAUUCUGUGCUGCUCCAGGACGGUCAACUUAAUGUACCAAAGAAUCUCAGGUCACAACAGGAUCUUUCAGGUGUACCCCCAAAAUACCAUCUCCUGCCUGUCUUCCCUCCAUGUUGGAUUCAACAAGGAAAAUCUUUUGAACAAGGUCAGCAGGGCCUGGCCGGAGGGGAAGCUGGGGCUAGCGGACGCAUGGACCAGGGCUCCAUAGCCAAGAACUACAGCAGUCAAAGGAUUCAUUUGCCACAGCUCAGGAAGCAGCUGUGGCAAGAAGCCGAAACCCAGGCAGAGGACACGUCAAUAGAGAAUCACCAUCGUAUACACACUUCAAAGGAGAGCCACAAUGAAAACAUAACCUCCCGAAGGGCCUUUGGGCAUGCCCACAUGGAUCAUUCUUGGCUCCUGAGUGACAAAUCCCACAUUACGUUCUCUGGAGGGGCCUUCCCCAAUAGAAAGGCAGAUCUCAGCGACAGACAAGGGAAUAUAAGACUCCACAAGGGCAGAAGCUGCCACUUGUUACAGGAGCCUCCUGCUGAAAGAUGCCUUUUCCCUCCUAUAGCACCUGCUACUGGCUCGGAGAAAAACACAGCUGGGGAAGUGAAGAAGAAAAAGGUGCCAAAGGCUUUGAAAUUACCCCCUCUCUCAGAAGAACAGCCCAGAGUCCUGGACCCCCUGAGGAGUGAACCUCCAGCAGAGCUCUUCAUCUUCCCAGGGGAGAUUCAUUUCCAUACUCAACAGCCCCCAAAAGAAAAACUACACAGAAAAGGAGCUCCACACCCUGAGCCAGGACCAGAAACAGAAGAAAAGGCCAGGCCUUUACAGAAAUCUCCCCUGAAGCAUGCAUCCUUAGAAAAGCCAAGGGAGUUAACCGUGCAUCUCCCAAUGGACACAGGCAGGGACAUGCUCUCACAUCAAGAAGAUGAUGAUGCCUCACCCCAGAAUGUGACCCCACCAUUGUCCCUGAUUAAAGGAAGAAAAAGUCCAGAGAGCCAGAGGGGCCUGGACAGCCCCAGGACAUCAAGCUGCAGCAGCUCCAUAGGCCCCUCGGAUGUGAGAAGGGCCAGGGGGGCACUCCCAGCAGAAGGACAAGAAGAUUCCAGAGACCCCACACUGGGACACUUCUUGCCAGGUCCAGAUGGAGAAAACAUCUGCCUGUUCCUCCCCAGGCCUCCCGAAACCAAGGAACCUCUUUCAGGUACAGCAAACACUGAAUCCAGAACCUGUCUUCUCACGAAUCUUAAUGAAAUCUCACCUUUGACCCAAAAGCCAGAGAAGCAGGGAGCCCAGCAGUCCUUGGAGGCAGCAGCUCAGAAGACAGGAGAGCCUCAAAGUUGUAUAAAUAAAGGGCUGAUAUGUUCAAACAGAAAAGAAUUUUACACGCGCAAGCUGCACAUCGACAUGACGCCGUUCCUGAAGGAAAAUGGAGAUGAACUGGACAAUCAUGAAGAACCAGGAGGACCCCUUGGAGAAAAUCAUCAAGACACCCAAGACCAGGAGCUGAAGAGUAUGACCCCUGACCCUCUUGGUGCAUCCCUGGCUGACCACAUCCAGCCCCCUGUGUCAGAUACUGUCCAAAAGACGGGCAGAGAUUAUGAUGUACGCCAUCUGCACAGGAGACGCCCAGGACACAAGUCCCCAGAGAGGUUGGGCCCUGUAGAUGCAUCUUUUUUUCCAAGAGGAACAGAAAGGAGGGCUGAACCAAGACUGUUCAACCGGCAGGCUCUAGCCAGCAUCAGUGAAAUGGAGUUGAUUGGCAAAGUCAAGAGAAAGAAAAGAACCAAGACAGACAAGUCCAAGGCGCCCAAGGAGAGGAGAGAAGGAAAGGUCCAGAGGGAAGCAGAGGCCGCUGUAGGAAAGUCAAAGGAAUCAAAGGCUGAAAAGAAAUCAGAGUUAAUUCCCAAAGAAAGAAAACCAAGAGCCAAAAGGAAAAGGACACAGAAGGAAGGGCGUCUGGAAGUAGCAGAGAGGAGUGGGCCUGACGUCAUUAACUCUAAGGAAACAGAAGACUCUUCAGAGAGAGGUUUCUCUCCUGCAGAUGCUGUCGUAGAGGACCCUUGGCUUUCCCAUGAAUAUGAUGCUCAGGAGAGCCAAGUGUCCAUAGAUGGAAGAUCAUCACCCACCCAGACUCUACCGGUCGCUGGAAACAUGGAAUCUAAAGAAGAAAGAAGUUAUGAAGACCCUUCCAAAGCCCUCCUCACCGAGAGGGAGCGACAGGGAGCUUCCCGGGACAGGCUGCGAGCCAAGAGGGCCGAGAGGCGACAUUCAGAGGUGGAGAGGAGAAGCGGGCAGGAAGCGCAAUGGCGGCUCCCCCAGGAGCAACUGCAGAGGCCGGAGGAGAUGAAGGAGGACCUGGAGCUGGAGCUGCGCACCCGCGCCGAGGAGAAGCGCCUGAGGAAAGAGAGACUCGAAGAAGAACGGCAGCGGCAGGAGGAAGAGGCGAGGAUGCAGCAGCUUCAGUUUCAAGUGGCCCAGGAGAGAGUCCGGCGGCAACGGGAGGCGUUCCGGAGGAAACUUCGAGAACUGCAGACAACAAAGCAGCAGGAGGAAGCCGAGAGGGCUGAGGAUGAGAAGCAGAGGCAGAAGGAAUUGGAAAUGCAGUUAGCAGAGGAGGAAAAACGCCUGCUGGAAAUGGCUGAAGAAGAACGGCUGGAGCCCCAGCGGAGGAAACAGGAAGCCGGAGAGAAGGCUCAGCUGGAAGCAGAGGCAAGGAGGCGAAGGGGAGAGGAGGCUGCAAGGCUGGAUCUGGAGGGAGCCCGGACACGAGCUCAGGAAGAAGCCAGGCAAAAAGCUGCUUUGGAGAAACAUCUUCAUUUCCAUCAAGAACUCUGUAAGGAAGCCAGUGCCUUGCGGUGGACACACAACAUUUCCAGAUCGUGGGUCUACUCAUACUUCCAGUUCCUACAAAUACCCAGACCUUAAGGCUAGAAGAAAACUAAAAAAAUGAUCAUUAAAAGGGAUGAAAGAUCUUUACAAGCAAGAUACGGAAGAGGACGUUAAAGCAAGCAGCAUCUGAACCUGAAUUUUCCCACAAUUUCCCUUUGGCCCUACUCAAUACUCCACAGUCUGCAGCUGAAAAACUAUUUACAGAUGAUUCCCUCAAAAUUUCUCACCAAAGCUUGUAAAGUAUUUGCUCUCUACAGGAACUGUACUUCCACAAACCAGAAGUCAAGCUUCAUUUUGAUUCUGUAUUGCUAUUAUUGGACUUGCUUAGAUUUGAUGCUUUUUAACUUCUUGCUUUAUGUAAAACAAAUAAAAUGGCCAAAAUACUGGCUAUCACAGUGAUUUUAAAUAUGUCACAAAUUUUUUCUCAAAAUUGUCCAUCCUACUUGCACAUUCAUUCAUUCAUUCAAGUCAUUCAGUAAUGCUUAAGCAGAUGAGAAAGGAGCAUGUCAAAUAAUACAGAAGAGCACGCAAGGAAAACACCCUUGUGGGGGAAAUUACCAUUACCGACUUUAUUUUCUCCCUUCUCUUACAAAUUUAGGAUGUUGCAGUCAAGCACCAGGUGGAGCGGCUACACUAAAUGUUAUUCAAGGUCCCUUUCCAAAUCUGAUGUCCUAUGAAAUUGUUGCUGUGAAAGUCCUAUUUUACCAGCACUACUACACCAGAUACGCACAUUUUACUAAGUUUACCAUAGCAGAAUGCAGUGUAUUUAGAAGAGUUCGAUAAACUAAAAAAAUGAUUUCCCUAGUAGCUAAGGUCCACCACCUAAAUGCCUAAAAUAAAGAACCUAAAAUAAAAGAACCUAAAAAACCUAAAAUAAAGAACUUUCAGACAGAGAUGCAAACAAAAUUAAGAUACCAAACGACAUACUCACGCAUUCUGAAUAGCUCAAAUAGCCUAUCAAGUUUGUUACUCAGGCCUGACAGGAAUAUGCAAUUAGGAUUUUCCAGAAACAGACCCCAUUCCUAGUCACUAUUUAAUAAAUGCCAGGUGACAGUCUAAACGCUCUCAUUUACCUAAACUAUACAUGUACAAUACAAAUAAUUUUUCAGUUAGGAUCAGAUGUAGGAAUUUAGAAGGCAAGCCAAUUCUUUUUUAACAGGUGACUUGAGUAGGGUAUUUUAAGCUGUAAUGGUUUAUAAAACUAAGAGAUAGGUUUUAUUUGCUCUUCUAAAGUACUCAGAUGACAUUCUACCUGGGACAACAUGAAACUGGAUUAUGUGUAUGCACACAGAUACUAAAUUCUGUGAUUUGUUAGAGUUAAAAGGUUAAGCCCUCUAAUAGGCACUAAUUUGGUACUUUCAUUUUACACAAAGUGUAAAUAUUUAAAACAAAGAAAUAAAAGGAAAAUAUAAACAAAGUAUUACCAAACCUUAACUAAGCAGAGAACAUGUUGUAAAUUGUUAAAGGAAAGACUUAAGAUCUUAUCAAUAUGAAUCAAUUAAGAAUUUUUGGCAUGCCCAUUUAUUCAACAUGAUUGGGUAACUAUAUCAUAGAUAUGCACCACACAGGAAUAUCCAGUUUAAAAAAAAAGAACAGAACACUACUUAAGAAGGUAGCAUGGCCUUAAUUAAACCCUUAAUUCAAAGGCACUUCAGUAGCUUUCAGUGCUUCAAAGUCAUGAUCAUCACCACUGUACAGUACUGAAAAAUUUAUUUGUACCAUGUACAAACAAUAAUUUCCAGUAUUAUGCAAGAAAACUUUGUUAUAGGCAUUUUUUUUUCUUUCUAUACAAUUAAAAAUAAAAUAAACAUUAGUACGGUUUUUACAAAUAUUUUGUUUAUUUUAAUGAAGCUGGUACAGACAAUGUCCAUUUAAAACCCAUAUCCCAGGCCAAAAAGUACAAAUAAAAUCAAAAAGAGCAGUGUUCUGUUGAAUACACUUCUGCAUGAAUAACUUUAUUAACUGCUAAUCAAAAUUAGAACUUUUCUGGGAUCUUCUGACAAGACUUCUUUUAAUCUUAAAAUGCUUUCUCUUCAGUGAAGCCAUCUUUGGAGUUAGUCAUUACUCUCACCAUCCCUGUCAUCUCGACUCCAGCCUGAUAUUUCUCUUCUUUUGGUCCAGACCCUCAAAUUUUAAAAGUAGCUUCAAGUUAAGGAAAGGUCAUUUUUCCACAGUUCAGUUCUCUGAAAAACUUCCAUCUCCCACUGAAAGUCAUAGUCCAGGAGUGAAGCAAUCACAUGCUAGAACUUCAGGGCCAAUUGGAAAGUCAUCAUGAACACUCGCAUUGGUCGAUCUUAUUUAUCACAAGCCUGAAAAUGCACAGUCCUGGAAAAUGUGGCCUCUCUGUGCACACACGUAAUUUUUAAAAAGGAGAGGGCAAUAUGAAGGGGGCUGAGGUUUGAUCACCAAAAAUCAGCACAAUGAAAACAAGUGAUAAUGAAUAAUGGGCACUAGAAUUCAAAUUACCAGAUGUUUUAAAGAGAUGGGGUGCCAGUUUUCAAUUCCGUUUUGAACACCACAUUACAAAAGAACUAUUUUUAAAAAUAAAAAAGGAUUGAGGGUA